AUGCCCUCAGAUCUGGACACCCUGCUCGAAAUGGGCUUCGAGCCCGAGCGCGCCGGGCUCGCCGCAAAGGCAACUGGCAGCCUCCAAGACGCCAUCGACUGGCUAGAGAAGAACCAAGACAAAUCCAUCGACGACCUCAAAGCCUCCCAAGCAUCCGCCUCCUCCGACGAGCCACCCGCUCUCCAACCCGGCGAAGAAGCCAAGUCUCUCACCUGCGACGACUGCGGCAAGCGCUUCCGCUCCGUCGCACAAGCCGAGUUCCACGCCUCUAAGUCUGGGCACGAGAACUUCAGCGAGUCGACUGAAGAGAUCAAGCCGCUCACCGAGGAAGAGAAGAAACAGAAGCUGGAAGAGCUGAAGGAGAGGCUAGCGGCGAAGCGUGCGACGCAGGCGGAGCAGGAUAAGGCUGAUCGCAAGAAGAACGAGCAGAUACGCAUGAAGGCGACGAAGGAGAGCCAGGACAUCAAGGAGGAGUUGCAGAAGAAGGAGCGGUUAAAGGAAGCGGCACAGAAGAAGAAGGAGAAGAAAGAGGAAGAGGAUGCGCGGAAGCGCGUACUGGCGAAGUUAGAGGCGGAUAAACAGGAGAGGAAACGCAAGGCGGAGGUGGAGAAGGCUGCCAGGGCUGGCCAGGCUCCUCCUCCUCCCAUUGAGGAGCCGGCCGCUCCUACGUCUUCCGGACCUACAACAUCGAAACCGGCGUCUGCAUACACAGAGGCCCGACUUGCUCUGCAGACACCUACCGGCAGGGUCACGAAGACCUUCCCGGUGGAGACGACGCUCUUCGAGGUUGCUCAUGCGCUGGAAGAGACGGGUGUUCAGGUCAAUGCGUUCCAUCAGAACUUCCCCAGGAAGGUCUUCGACCGGACAGACUUUGGCAUGACUUUGAAGGAGGCCGGCAUGGUGCCUAGCGCGGCCCUCGUCAUCAAGUGA